AUGGCUAAAGGUUUUAAAUUGAAGGAGUUAUUAACUCAUCAAAAGGAACAAGCUAAAGUUGAUAAGCAAGAAGCUGAGAAGCAGACUAGAAAGAAUGAAAUAUUAAAGACUGAUGAAGUAACCACUGUAACUGCUGAAGAUCUUGCUAUUGCUACCGCUAGAAAGGAAGCAGAAGCCAAAAUAUCUAAGAAAGAAUCAGAGCCGGAAUAUAAAAGUCAAACUUUAUCUAAGAAAGAACAAAGAAAAUUGAAGAAAGAAUUAAAGAAAACUAAGGAAGAAGAAAGUGACAAUGAAUCUGAAAAUGAGCAAGAACAAAAUUUGGACUUAGACCGUUUAGCUGAAAGUGCAUCGGAAGAAGAUGAUGAUGAGGAAGGAGAAGAAGAUGAUGAGGAAGGAGAAGAAGAAGAAGAAAAAGAAGAAGAUGUUCCUUUAUCUGAAGUUGAAUUUGAUUCGGAUGCUGAUAUUGUCCCACAUCAAAAAUUAACAAUCAAUAAUACAAAGGCUAUGAACCAUGCUUUAGAACGUAUACAGUUACCAUGGGCAAAGCAUUCUUUCCAAGAACAUCAAUCUAUUACUUCUAAAGAAAAUUGUGACGAAAGUAUAAAAGAUAUAUAUGAUGACACUGAAAGGGAAUUAGCAUUUUAUAAACAAUCCCUAGAUGCAGUAUUAGAGGCUCGUGAUCAUUUCAAGAGAUUAAAAAUACCAUUCAAAAGACCAUUGGACUAUUUUGCUGAAAUGGUUAAAAAUGAUGAACACAUGGAUAGAAUUAAAUCUAAAUUAGUUCAAGAGGCCAGUGAAAAGAAGGCCCGUGAAGACGCUAGAAAGCAAAGACAAUUAAAGAAGUUUGGUAAACAAGUACAAGUUGCUACUUUACAAAAGAGACAAUUGGAAAAGAAAGAUACUUUAGACAAAAUUAAAUCAUUAAAGAAAAAGAGAAAGCAAAGUGAAAUCGGUAAUGAUGAAUUCAAUGUCGGUAUUGAAGAAGCUUCCACGGAACGUGAUGGUUACGGCGCUGAUAAUAAAAGAAAUAAGCCAAAUGGUAAAAGAGAAGCCAAAAAUACUAAAUACGGUUUUGGUGGUAUGAAAAGAUUUAAAAGAAAAAAUGAUGCUGAUUCAUCUAAUGAUGUAAGUGGGUUUUCUCAACAAAAACAAAGAGGUAAACCAUUCAGACCAGGAAAAAGUAAGCGUUCAAGAAGACAUUAG